GAGCACCCUGCUACACUUCCCUGUUGUGAGGUUGGCGUGCAGACGGUGGAGCUGAAGCAAGUUGGCCACCAUGCAGGUGCUCCUCCAGUACAGGAGGCUUGUCCUGGCUCUCGCCUUCGUCCUGAUUUUGGGUUCUUCAGUUCAAGGUUCUCCUGUGCGGAGAGCCAGCUACCAGUGGGUACGCUGCAAUCCUGACAGCAAUUCUGCAAACUGCAUUGAUGAAAAGGGACCAGAGUUCGAUCUACUUCCAGGUGAAUCCAACAGAAUCCUAUCUCCAAGGACUGCCCCUUUUUCAAUGAUGAAAUCCAGGAACUUGAAUGAUGUCUUCCCUCUUUCUGAGGACUUUUCAGGAUCAGGUUCUGGAAGUGGCUCUGGAAGUGGCUUCCUACGUGAAAUCGAACAGGAAUACCAACCAGUAGAAGAAAACGAUGCUUUUUAUUACAACUUUAGGUCUCUGGAGAGAAAUUUGCCCUCAGACAACCAUGACUUGGGUCAGGAUGGACCAGAAGAGGAUUUUACUAUAUAAAAAGAGAGGGUUUCCCACCUUGACGCCAGGCAAUGUAUUUGUGUACCAUGCUUAAAUGAUUAAUUUGAGGACAAAAAGCUUUAUAGAAAAUUUAAAACAUCUGAAAAGGAAGUUUAAGUUUUAUAAUCUUUUUUUUCCUCAUGAAUUCUUAAAGCCUCCUUUUUCUAUUCCAAUGUCCUGGAAAAUACCUGCAUCAGUAUGAAGUUAAGUAGACUCCACAUAUGUAUAAAAUUGCUUUAAAGAAUAAAUUAUACUGUUCUUAAAAUAUUUAGUUUGAGAAACAAAUUGACAGGCACUAUUUCAUAUCUAAAUCUUCAGGAAGCUGACUCUGAUUAUGAAAUCUAGAUAUGCCUCUUUUUUUGUGAAAAAACACAGAUGAAACAUACAGUGAAUGUACAGAGUGGGUAUUUGACACGUUUUACAGUGUGAAGUUAACUGCUCUAAUAGUACCACUGGAGGUGUUUGCAGAGCUAGUGGACAGCGUUUGCUUAGAAGUGUGAUUGCUGUCACAAUUAGAAACUUAACACCCAGAUUAAAGCACAAUUGUGCUUUAAUUGUGUUCAAUACCUCAUACUGCUUUACUUUUUUUCCUGGAUAUCUAUGUAUUUUCAAACAUUACUCUAUUAAAGCAGAAGUAUAAUCAAAGGGUCAAGCUGUCUGGGCUCUCUUGUUCAUGAAGUAAUUAUUUGUUCAAAUGUUUCUAGAUUCUCAUCAACAAAAUAUCUGUAAAGUUAUUUUACAGUGAGACCAAAUUUUGUAACUGGAAUCAAACCUGUUAACUAGCAGAUGAAGAAAACAAUCAUGCUACAGAAAGAGGGUUACUCUUGUCCAAACAGUUCCUCUUCUUGAAGGCUAUACUAUACUCAUCUCUGUUCCCCUUAAUUCUGAAAAGCCUGUCAGCAUCAUUGUCAUGGAUCCUGUUCUGUACCUUCUAGAUCCCCUCCUUCAGAACUGAGGACUUAUUCAAAUUAACCUCUGUGGAAGAGAGACACUUCGUCCAAGGCCACACCUCUUCCCAUGGCAGCCUGCACCCAAUGCCUGGUUGAUGUGGGCGUAUGAGUGCCAGACCCCUCCCCUGAACUUGGAACAAUUCAGCAGGGCAAUCACAGAUUCAGAGCUCCCUGAGGAGUCAUCUGAGGCUUUGUUGGGACUGUUUUGCAGCUCAGUUUCUUCCUUUACUUAGUCUUGCUUCCUUCUAUUUCCCCCCGAGAGAGCUCCCUUAGGAACUUUCUGCACACUAGUUUUCAUCUCAGAGUUUGCUCUAUGGAGAAUCCAACCUGUGAAAGUUGGUGCCAGGAUGGGUAGAAAGCAGAUGCUAAAAUGGGAUCUUGGAGCUGGAUCACCUAGUCUGGCUGGCAAUGAGGACCCCAUCACUGGCUGUAGAUGCAGAACAACCACAAGACAGCAUUGCAAUUGUUCAAACUUUCACUGAUGAUGAACUGGGAUGGUGUACCAGUGGAAGGAAGUGCACCAGGGUGUGGUAUAUGAGGCAUCUGAGAAAUAUGGGGAAGUAGUAAUUAUAGAGACAAUGAUAUUGGAUGGCUCUUGCUGGAGGCAAUUAAUGAAAGACCAAGGAUGAUUAAUUAAAGACUAAAUGUGAAAACUAAUGGACCUCCUCAGCAGCAUAUUAAGAAACUCUCUUCUGCAGUGGAAGGGCAGGAAAAGCUGAGGCUCAGGCCCAGGAUAUAAUCAGAAUAGCAGAGUUCAAGAAUGUUAAGUUGCCAAGCUAGCCAAGUCUGUUAUGCAACAUCAGGGCCCUGACUGGGAAAAUACUGGACCCUCAGAAAUGAAGACCUCUGGGUAGAAAUGUAUCUGGGUUGAUACAUUCAGAAUUCGAAUCCCCAGACUUCCUCAAACCCUCUGAAUCUAUAGAAGAGGCCCACUCCUUAAGAAUUAAUGCUUUCCUCUGGCUUGAAGAUGAUUAAGAAUUCUCUGACCUUUAAGACCACAUGCACACUCCCUCAAGGUCUGCCUUGCCACCCCACCUAGCCACCAGAUCCAUAACUAAAGUUACAAUAUAAACCAACAGGAAAGUGUUGGGGCUGCUAAGGAGGAAAGGUGAAGGUUUCUGCAGAGCUUAGCUGACAUGCACCUCAGAAACCAAGAAAGUGUCUAUGUGCCUUAACUCUAGAGUGCUAGAUCAAGGGAUGGAGGAAAAACCUAAAGUUGGAUAAGGAAGUGUUUAUCAAUAUAGAAGUGUUAGGGGAACCACUGACCAAAACCACCUGCCCUGGCCAGGCAUGAGAGUAACCACUUGCAUGAGUUAUCUUACAACAGGAGGUCCUGGUAAGGAAGGACCUUACCACUGACAAGCUACCACUGACUGGAAGAAUUCGGGAAAGGCCAAAGGAGAGAGGAGACGGCAGUCCAUAUGUCCCAGUAUCCUUCUUGCUGGAACCCAUCUUGGCUGAGCAAUGUGUGCACCACCAUGAAGGACCCUGAGUCAGAAUGAUUGGCCAGAGACAACCUGGAAACUAACCCCAUUACCCCUGAGACUAUGGGCCACGUGGCAGAGCAGUUCUCCUGGGUUCCCUUACCCUGCUGCUCUCUGCCUGGGUGCCCCUUCCCAAUAAAGUCUCUUGCUUUGUCAGCA